AUGGAAAACCAAACACAUAGGUCAGAGUUUAUUUUCUUGGGACUUUCCAAUGAACCUCAACUGCAGAUCUUCUUCUUCUUGGUGUUUUCAACCAUCUAUCUGAUAACUUUGACAGGCAACAGCACAAUCAUUCUGGUGAUAAGAAGGGAUCCUUCCCUUUACUCACCCAUGUAUUAUUUCCUGUCUAAUUUGUCCUUUGUUGAUAUUUGUUACUCUACUGACAUUGUCCCUAAGAUGUAAGUUAAUUUGCUUAUGAAGCAAAAUACAAUUUCCUUCAUUGGCUGUCUUACACAAAUGUUUUUCAGCCUUCUGUUGAGUGUAACAGAGGUUUUUAUUCUUUCAGCAAUGGCUUAUGAUAGAUACACUGCUGUGUGUCACCCACUUCAUUAUGUAGUCACCAUGAAUAAAUCAAUAUGUACUUACCUGGUGAUGGGAGCAUGGCUAAUGGGGUUGUUUUUUGCGAUACUAAAUAUAGUCCAAAUAUUUAAUUUACAGUUUUGUGGCCUUCACGAAAUAAGCCAUUUCAGCUGUGAACUCCCACCACUACUGAAAGCCUCGUGUUCUGACACUUUCCUCAAUAACAUUAUUUUUCUUUCUUCUGUUGUGAUUUUUGGACUCGGCUCCUUCCUACCAACCUUGGUCUCUUAUCUUCACAUUAUCUCCACCAUCCUGAAGAUCCGCUCUGCAGAGGGCAGGAGCAAAGCCUUCUCGACGUGCAGCUCCCACCUCAUUGUGGUUGGCUUACUAUACAUGACAGGAAUGUCGCAGUACAUGAAACCCAGCAAUCUCUCUUCCAUGAUAUUGGAUGAGCUUUUUUCUAUUCAGUAUAGCAUUUUGACUCCCAUGUUGAAUCCGAUUAUCUAUAGUCUCAAAAAUAAGGAAGUAAAGAGAGCUCUUGGGAGAACAUUUGGAAAUGAGACUUCUGGGAUGAUUGAGUGUACUCAUUGA